CUGCGCUGGUAGGCCUUCCUUGUCCUCCCCCCUGUGCUGCGUUUUGUUGUUGUUGUGUUCCUCUUCGUCCGCUUCCGUUAGUACUGUAUCCGCCCCGACUUGCUGCGUUUCCCUCCUAGGCUUCCCUCCAAGGCUUGUGGAUCUGCUCUGAAGGGUUUCCCGCCUUUCUAUUUCAAACCGUCUAGGAUCAGCAGCUCUGCCUGCGGUAGCAAAUAGCACGUAAUGAGAUUGGAUCAGAGUAGCAAUUCUAUUUCUUUCCCUGUUACUCAUUAGUCUUAGAAACAAUGGCGGUUAGCUUAUCGUCUUUUACCUCCCAGAUUAGUAUUUCUAGGCCUAAUUCAGAAGCCCAAUUGGCGUCCGCUGGCACUCUUGGCUCGCGGAGUAGUGAUGAGUGUUCCGGGAUUUCACGAGUGUCAGCGACUAGUUUGGGCUCAAACGAAAGAUCGAGCCUUGCGGUUUCAGCAUCGUUUGGAACCGCAUCUCGUUCGCCAUUGCGCGCCGAUGACGGCCGCGACACUUUUACCGGCUUGCCGGUUCACAGCGGCGUCGUCCACAAAACGGGACGGUCGCGACGCUUCAGCGAGAAACUGAAACAGCGACGGAGACUGGUUUGUCACGCAGAGAGCGUAAGCGGUAGCAGUAGUAGUAGCAACAACGGCAGGAUAGGCAGUUUAGUAAUCCCGCCAACUCCACCCUUAGGCUCCGUGGGUGGGGAGUCUGACCGGGAUGCUAAACUCUCGCAGCUUAGUAGGGUGAGUGGCGGAAACGACGCCGUGGCUCGGCGAGCAACAGAAACGGCGACAGCGGAGGAUGCGGCGAGUGCUGGCACGGUUUCAGGGUUGCUGCAGCAACAGAAGUCUCCGCCUGUCCUCGAGGUCGUCCGGCAACUAGAAGCGAAGAUGAACGAACCGUCCGCUGUGCUGGAAAGCAUGAAGGAUAUGCUGACGGUUGAAGAUCUCGAGACUCUCAUCGCUUACCUGGCGCAGCGUGGUCGUGACAUGUGGCAAGCGCUCGAGGUGUACGACUGGAUGGUUCGCGAGAACCGCGCGCAGCGCAGCACGCGGCGCCUCACUCUCGUCAUCAUGGACCAACGCCUCGGGCAGCUUCUACAGGAAGCCUGCCCGACCGAAAACAUUCUGCGCCUAGUGGUGCGCAUGCUGGAGCUGGAGCUCCUGCCGGAUCUUCCGCUCAAGCGGAUGCUGGCGGAGCAAAUGUGGGAUCGGGGGGACCUGCCGGCCGUCGUGCGCCUGCUGCGGAUUCUGCAGGAGUCGGAUUCUUUCCACGGUACCGGCGCUAGUCUCAACUUGGGAGGAGACGGAGGUGCGGACCUGGCGGGGAAGUUGCGAAGCCAAAUGGAAGGGUCGAUUAAGGACGUACGGGACAGGCGGACUGAGGUUGCUAGGGAUGACGCCGACACCGGCUCCGUCGAAGCGGUUGCGAGGCAGCUUAAGCUGCCGCCGACGCUGCAGGGGGAGGCGAGCCAGCCUAACCAAUGGAAUGUGGCCAUGUCGUCGUCUGUUGUUGGAGGAGUCGCCCCUUCGCCCAUCUCCGCACCGGCUACCAGCUCGGCAGCCGAAGCGGACGGGAUGGCGGGAGGCUCGGCGGGAGGUUCGGCCGGAGGUUCGGCAGAGGCGUCCUCAGGGGCAUUGCUGCUGGCGGAAGGUCCCGAGCAGCGGAGGGACCGCCUCAUCCAAGAGUUGCGCGAGCGGGUGGCGCAUGAGCUGGCUGGCGGAAAGGGGGAAGGGGGAGCGGCGAUGACUGUUCUUGUGGAGCGCGCGGAGGCUGAUACCGCGGACGCGGUUGCGGAGACGGGGGAGGACCUGGGAGGGUACUUGGCGGAAAGGGCGCUGGCGCGUGCGCAGUUCCGCGAGGUGCUUGCACUUCCGCGGCUGCUGCGCGAGAGCGGAGUGGAGGUUUCGGUGGUGGCGUAUGAGGCGGCUCUGAUUGCGGCGGUGAAGGAGCAGGAGCUGUGGACGAUCAACGUGGGGGACCUGCAGGUGUUCCAGUACGAGAGCGCCGUGGGCGCGCUGUCGCCGCUGGACUGCAUGCUCAUGGAGCUCGCCCAGGCGUCCCUGCAGCACGAGGCGCAGCAGCUGGUGGCGUGGUUCGACGAGCACUGCGCGCGGGAGUUCGCGCGCGUGCAGGCUUCGGUGCGGGAUGUGCAGCAGGACGUGUUACACAAGUGGGCGUGGUUACCACAGGAGCAGCGGGAGAAGCUGGUGCGGGCAGCGACGGAGAGAGAGGAGCAGGUAUCAAGGCUGCUGAGCGAAGCACAGGCUUCGGUGCAGCAGAAGAUGGUUGCAUUCUGGUUCGCUGCUCAGGACGCUGACCGCGCAGAGGCCGCCAUGUGGCACGCUGCUGAGCUGGUGGCCGAGGCGGGUGGUGACAUGGCGGUGGAUGCUGACGUGGCGGCCAGCAUUGCAGGGUUGCAUGGGUUUCAGGGGAACCACACGGCUCUCAGGAGUCUGCGGCAUCGCAUGCAGCAGCUGGGGAGUCCGUUGGACGAGAAUGCGUACACGCUCAUGGUGGCUGGGGCCAUCAAUGGAGGGCACCUGGAUGUCGCCGCUGCCUCCAUGCAGGAGAUGGUGGAGCGAGGCAUGGAGCCCAGCGGGCCGCAGCUGUCCACGCUGCUGCGCCUGCUGCAGAGGCGGGAUGGGCUGGGCGCUCACGGCAACAGCACACGUAGCAACAGCAAUGGUGGAAGUGGCGAUGCGGGCGUGGAGGAAGCAGAGAGCCAUGAUGGGGCAUCGGUGGAGUCGUAUCUGUGCCUCUGUGCCACGCUGGCUGCUGCGGGAAUUGUGGAGCCAUGUUUGGUGUAUCUCUACAUUGACGCCCUCCGCCUCUGCAUCAUCCGCAUGCUCUGAUCUGCUGUUGAGGCGCUGUAGUGUUGGAGACACCUCAGAAGGGCCUCUGUGCGAUGCUGGCUGAAGGGGGGAUUGUGGAGCUGUGCCUGGUGUAUCUGUACAUCGACGCCCUCUGCCUCUGCACUGCAUCAUCCGCAUGCUCUGAUCGGAUCUGCAUUUGAGGCGCCUCACAAGGGUUUUUUCUGUGCGACGCUGGCUGCAGCAGGAAUAGUUGAGCGGUGCUUUGGUGCGCCUCUACAUGGAGACCCCCGUCGCUCACAUGAUUCGCAUGCUCGGCUUUGCAUAAGCGGCCUCUGACCUCUGUUUUGAUAGUUUUGUGCUGCUGUAGUUUGUUUUCUUCUGUCCUGAUAUUGACUCUGUAGGGCAUGCAGAGAAGUUCUGUUCACCUAUGGUGAGUGGCUUUCUGUAAUGCCCCGUCUCGUAUACGCCUUGGCUUUUUACUCUUUCCCUUCUCUU